UGUUUUUUUGCGGUAGCCGGUUGCCACCUCGCAUAAUAUGGGAGGGUUUUGCCCCAAGCAAUUUUACAAAGACUAACCAAAACCCUUCUUCCUGCACAUCUCGCGACUCGCCGCAACUCAGCUUCUUCCUCGAUCUUACCUCUCCUUCAUCCUUCAGGGAGGGAAGAGAAUAAUAAUGGCGGAAGGGGAGACAAAGGCGUUGUCUUAUAUUCCGGAGGUUAUUUUGAAGAAAAGAAAACACAAGGAAGAAUCGUUAGCACUUACAAGGAAAACCCAGUUGGAGUUUGGCAAAUAUGGAGGGAAAAAGAAGAAGGUAGAGGAUAUCAAAAGGCCUGAGCAUUUUAUCAAGGAAUUCAGAGACAAGGAACUGGACCUAAUCCGGAUGAAACAGAGAGCAAAGAGGCCCAAAUCAACAUCACUAACUCCAAAGUCAAAUCUUCUGUUUGUCAUUCGCAUACAAGGCAAAAAUGAUAUGCACCCAAGAACAAGGAAGACUUUAUACAAACUGAAACUAAGGAGAAUAUUUCAUGGUGUUUUCAUGAAGGCAACUGCUGGCGUAUUGGAAAUGCUACAAACGGUGGAGCCUUAUGUUACAUUUGGAUAUCCAAAUCCAAAGAACGUGACUGAGCUAAUUUACAAGAAGGGUUAUGGAAAACUAAACAAGCAGAGAGUUCCUCUGAUUGAUAACACUAUAAUUGAACAGGCAUUAGGGAAGUAUGGUAUCCUUUGUUUAGAAGAUAUCGUACAUGAAAUUACUAAAGUUGGUCCACAUUUUAAAGAGAUAACUACAUUUUUGGGGCCAUUUGCACUCAGCAAGCCAAAGGGAGGAUUGCAGGGGAAGAAAGCACCUUACAAAGAUGGAGGAGACACUGGAAAUCGAGAAGAUGAAAUAAAUGAUUUAAUUGAGAAAAUGAAUUGAGAUGAAGAAAAUUGGUCUUGAUACAAAUUGUACUUCACCUAAGAUUAUCUAGAAGCAUGUAUCACAGUUUAAAGUUACUUUGAGUUGGAUUUUGUAGCUAGAAGUACUGUUAUUGUAGUUCAUUUCGUUUAGUUCAAUUCUCUGGAUAAUAUCUUCCGAUUUUGCUAAGGUGGCCCUUGAUGAUUCUCAUCUAAAUGUGCUGCAUGAGCACAGUAAGUCUCAGAAGAACAGAAAAAUUAUACAUAGAGAGAGAGAUUUAUCCUUCAUUCCCAUCA